AUGGCGCCACCAAGGUCGCUUCCCGGGCUUCCCGACGACUUCACCUCCAAGCGUGGCUGGGCAGACGAGGAUGCUCCGCCUGAUCCUAUUUAUGGAGAGCCCCCAGCUCUAGUGAGAGGAGAGGUUCUUGUAUCGAGCUUGCAGAACGGCGAUAUCCAGGUCGUGUCCGAACUCGACUUGGAACUUUUUGAGCGAUCAUUCUUGAAGGGCGACUUUGUCAAGCACUCUCUGGAGGACCCGGAAUCGGCCGUCGUUAUCAGCGUCUCCUCCGAGUGCCGGUUAGAGCACGUUAUCUCGGGUCAGCGGCUCGAAGGCUUUGUGCCUUGGGAGCUGCUCAAGAACGACGUCAAAGUGGAGGCCAAAGACAAGGUCGUCUACGACGAAUGGGUUGGAACCGUCGAAGAGGAAGUUCUCCCCGAGCAGGUCGAGUUCAUGCAGCAAUUCAGCGAGUUCCCUCCUGCUGCGAACCCGGAAACCGACCGGGUCAUCAGUGUUCGGCCUCUUAUCGUCUUUAUCGUUUGGAAUGCUCUCAACCAGAUGCACCCGGAGCCGAAGAAGUUCUGGUGUGGCAAGGAGCUCGAGAAGUUAACACAUUUCGAGGGAGUCAACCAGUUGACGCCCCCGCUCGGCACGACGGUCGUGUUUCGCAAGGAGGAGGACGAGAAGCGAUUUGGCGUCAAGCCGACGUACCACAUGAAGGGCACUCUGCCUCUGAAGGUUUACCGUGUCGUUGAGAACAGGACGAAGCUCAAGCUGCGGUGGCAAGAUGGCACCGAGACCGACGACUACGAGGCUUGGCCAGGAGAAGCUGUCGUUUGGCGUUCUGACACCGGAGAGCGCAAACCGGUCAUCGUUCAGUCUUACAACCCGAAGCAACGUAUCGCCGAGGUCCUGGAUCUGGACACGAAAGAGAAGGAGACUGUCUCAGUGCUGGAGCUUGACACUGGUGGUUUUGGUAAGGUCAACUACGGCGUCGGCCUCGGCCAAAACGUACUCUUCUGCCGCGAUAACGAGACACCGCUACCGGAAGUCCCUGCGCUAGGUGUCACCGAGUGCCCGGAAGACGACAAGGAGCGCUACAAGCAGGAAAUGCACCGACUCGGCAUCGAGUACGGUACCUCUCCCGAGGCGUUCGGCCAGGGCGAGCCGAAGGGCGACAAAUCCAAGGUCGACUGGUGGGGCGAGGUUGUCGACAUGCACCUCGACGGUACCGUCAGCGUGCAACUGUACAACGGCGAGACCCGCAAGGUGGAACUGAAGCAGCUGAUCGUGCUGAAUGAGCCCGAAGGCUUCGCCGACAACGGCGAGUGGGUCGAGGACGACGUCAGCUUCGUGAGCGAGCACAGCUGGGAGACAAUGUCCGAGGACGACCACCCUGGAAGCAACUGGGACGACGGCGAGCAGCCCAAUGGUCACGCGGCCGACACGGCCGACACGGCCGACACCGAGUUCGAGACACUCAUGGACGUGGACAACGCUGGCGACGUCGUCAUUCCCGCAGAGGAUGUGAUCCACAACGAUGACAUGGACUGGGACGAUGAGGACGCUCAGGCGGUCGAGGACAGUGUCACGCCUCCCGAGUCGGCCGAGAUCGCAACGCCUACCCUCCCCUCGCCUCCGCCAGCUGCUGCACCUGCACCCGUUGCAUCCGCCGACGCUGGGCCCUCCUCAUCUUCUGCUCCUGCCCGUCCGCCAUUAGACGAUGACGACCUCUGGGCUUCCUUCGGCAUUCUCGAAACCGCCCCUGCGGACCACCACUGGUUCAACGAGGGGCGGCAGCAGUCGCACAAGCAGUUCACCUCGCGUCUGAUGAAGGAGCACCGCGCCCUGUCUUCCUCGCUUCCCGAGAACAUUCUCGUGCGGACGUACGAGGACCGGACAGACCUGAUGCGUGUCCUGAUUGUGGGACCAGAGGGUACGCCAUACGCGGAUGCGCCUUUCGUGUUUGACGUGUACUUGAACCCGUCCAAGUUCCCGUACGAGCCACCACUGGUCUACUUCCACUCGCACACGAAUGGGCUGGGCCGCUGUAACCCCAACCUCUAUGAGGAGGGCAAGGUGUGCCUCAGUAUCCUCGGCACGUGGGCGGGCGACAAGAGCGAGUCGUGGAACCCGACCAAGUCGUCGCUGCUGCAGGUCUUCGUGUCGAUCAGUGGUCUCGUCCUCGUCAAGAACCCGUACCACUGCGAGCCGGCCUUCUCCAAGCUCGAGGGCACGCGCGAGGGCCGGAUCAACUCGCGCCUGUACAGCGAGAAGGCGUACGUCCUUUCGCGCUCGUUUGUGCGCACCGCGCUCGACAACCCGCCAACAGGUCUCGAGAAGGAGAUCAAGUACCUGUACUACGAUCGGGGACGGCUCGCGAGCGUGAUCUCGCACGCCCGCCGCCUCAUGGACAAGGGCGACAGCGGCGAGGACGUCGACGACGAGAUGGCCGAGAUGUGGAACGCGGACGCAAUGGGCUCGCUCACCAUGGGCGCCAUCCUGACUCUGAAGCGGACGAUCAGCAAGCUCGAGGCCCUCCAGGCCAAGCAUACCCCGGCAUCAUCAUAA